UCGUACGUAAAGCAUGGCAAAGGGCUUUACGAACUGCCAAUGUGUGGAGCAUCUACCACGUAAGCGCCCGGCGACGGCGAGCGGCAGAUACGCCCCCUAUUGCGCACCGGCGCCGCUAGCUAGCUACUACCUCCCUUCUCCGAUCAAUCCGGCGUCAACGAGGGAAACAAAACGAACAUGAACCAAAUUUUGAAGAAAUCGGGCUCCGCCAUCUUCCGGCUCCUCGUGCGCUGCAAGCCGGGGGUCCGACCACCACAGCCGCCGUUGCGCACGGCCACUAGGUCCUACCGCGCCUACCGGCGGCGCUUGCCGGCGGUCUCGCGCUCGGCCACUACCCCAAGCCAUGGACUCCUAAGCGAAGGGCCGCGGCGCCCGGAGCUCAUCCACUUCACCCGAGGCCGCGGCGGGGAGGCGUGGUACCACGACUGGCGGAAGGUGGCCGCGCGGGUUCUCGCCCCUGGCGCCGCGGCGAUCGCCGCCUACUACCACAACCUCGAGACCGUGCCGUACACCAACCGCACCCACCUCGUCUUCCUCUCUCCCCGGGUCGAGCGGUGGCUCGGCGGGCGCGCGUUCGACGAUCUCAAGAAGGAGAAAGCCGGCAUGAUCCUACCCGCGGAACACUACGAGAGCGUGCGCGUCAGGCGCAUCACCUCAGAGAUCGUCUGGGCCGCCCGAUGCACCCUUGGAGUUGCGCCCGUCGAUCCAGCCGGGGAGCUGCUGAAUGACAGGUUCAUGGCCAGGAACUACGGGAAGCAGGCGAUGACGAGGCAUCUCGACGGGCUCGAUUGGGAGGUGAUCGUCGUGGAAGAUAGGAAGGUCAACGCGAUGUGCGUCCCAGGCAAGAUCGUGGUCUACACUGGAUUGCUCGACUACUUCAAAACCGAUGCCGAGAUCGCCUCUGUGCUAGGGCAUGAGGUUGGACACAUUAUUGCGAGGCACUCGGCCGAGGCGAUCACCAAGAGCUUGUGUUCCUAUGCUGUGCAACGACUUGUCAUGGGGCGGGACAGUCCAGACUUCAUGAGGGGUGUAUCGAAAUUACUAUUCACGCUGCCCUUCUCACGAAAGAUGGAGAUAGAGGCAGAUCACAUUGGAAUGCUGCUACUUGCUGCAGCUGGUUUCGACCCACACAUAGCCAUUGCGGUCGAAGAGAAGCUAGGAAAGAUCUCAAGAAAUUCAGAAUUGGAAAAUUACCUCUCUACUCACCCUUCAGGUAAGAAAAGAGUGCAGUCCUUGUCGCAGGACAAAGUCUUGAAGGAAGCGAUGGAAUUAUACAGGGAAGCUAAUCCCGUCAAAGAAGCUGAACGUUUCUCCAUUCCUGACCCCUUCGAUAUUAGGGGCAGGCGAAGCCAAGGUUGGAAAUGGUAGGUGCGCAAUUUCAUUGUUGUGCUCCUUGUGUAUGAUCACGUCAUGUACAGAUGUACUUGUCUAUGUAUAUUGCACUUGACUGGGUUGCAUUUGCACUCCUUGUCUCCAUGGACACUCCUUACGGCAUAAGCGCGCUGGUAUCACUAUAUGAACAUGUCAUACUAAAGAGGACAUCAAGGGAGACAAUAGGCACUAGGAAAUAGACCACAAAUCCAUAAUCUCCUCGCUGGGACAAUGGCGGGAAGAUGCUUCUCCAUGCCAGUUGCAUUCUUCUCCAUCAGUAUUAAUCUCUUGAGUCCACAAUGUGUGACGAGAUGCAAAUGGAAAUAUUUAGGCAACAAACUAACUAACU